AUGAAGCAUCCAUUCCAGAUUGUACUAAGUGACCAAGAUGGCCACGUGUUCACGUCUGUGAAGAAUGAAAUACUGGUGUUCAAUACAGACGGUCAACGCAUUGGUCAUUGGAUUGACCCACUAGACAAAAGUGUAACAUUAAAGAAACAACAAGAGGAGAAAAUCAAGCAAUUGUCAGAGAAGAAGUUGAAGACCAACGAUGAAACCCCAAUCAAAAUACCCAAGAUCCCUGUUCCCGGUUUAGGAGCUCCACCAUUAUACAACUACAUCCGUUCAUUGAGUGUACGUAAUGAUAUCUUAGUUGGUACUACAGACAGUGAUAAGGCUGUUGUGAUAUUUAGAAUUGACUUUUCGAAUAACAUUGGAAACUGUUUGUGCCUCAUAAAACGUCAAGUGUUGCCCAAGAGGCCGUGUGCUGUUUCCCAGAACGACAAAGUCGUCGUGGUGGCCGAUAAGUUUGGUGAUGUUUACACCGUAUCCAUUGAUCUGAAUGAACCAGUGGAAGAUAAGGCCCUAGCCCCUAUUCUCGGCCAUGUUUCUAUGUUGUCUGAUGUGUUGAUAACCACCAGAGACGAUGGUAAGUCCUUUAUUCUUACUGCUGAUAGAGAUGAACACAUUAGAGUGACCAACUACCCCAAAUCAUAUGUUAUCAAGUCAUGGUUAUUUGGUCAUCGUGAAUUCAUUCUGUCUCUUGUGAUUCCUGAGUUCAAUAGAGACUUGUUGAUAAGUGGUGGGGGGGAUAAUUAUGUGCUUCUCUGGAAUUGGUACGACAAUAAGCUUUUAGAUCAAGUGGACAUAAGAACCUUGAUAGAACCAUUCUUGAAUGACUCUCAUUUACCACCAGAGAGAUUCUUAACUGAAGACUCCGUCAAAGAGGUGACUGUCUCCAACAUUAUUUCCUACGCGGAAUAUUUCUACGUUGUCUGUGAAAACACCAAAUGUAUAAAUGGAUUUAAGAUUGAUGCUGGCGAUGGUUUCAAGGUCAACCACAUCCAGACUUUGACUACGCAACAUUCCAUUGUUGAUAUUACUUUAGAUAAACUAAAGAACCAAUUGAUUGCAUGUUUCGACACUGAAGAUGAGCACAAGUUGUUGGCCGGAUUUGCUAUUGCUGAUGAUGGCUUAUUGCAACAACAGGAACAAUCAAAAGCUUUGACUAACAUAUCAGACGCAAAUGAAUGUCUCGUGGAAUCUAGAGACGACUUUUAUCCAUUAUAUUAUACCAGCACAUUGCGUAAACGCAGUGACCAUUAG